AUGCCAAUUCAAUUAUCAGAUUUCCAAAAGAUCGGUCUCGGUCUUUCAAUAUUCGGUGGCGGUUUUAUAUUCCUUGGUAUGAUCUUCUUCUUCGAUAAAGGUUUACUUGCAGUUGGAAAUAUCCUAUUUCUGGCUGGUUUAAGUAUGAUUAUUGGUUUUGAACGUACAUUUCGUUUCUUCUUUCAACGUUAUAAAAUCAAGGCUUCUCUAUUAUUUUUUGGUGGUAUCACAGUUGUUCUACUUGGUUGGCCAUUGAUAGGAAUGAUUAUUGAAUUCUAUGGAUUUUUUCUUCUAUUUGGUGGUUUUAUUCCUAUUGCGAUUAAUUUUCUUCGACGUUUGCCUAUUAUUGGUUCACUUUUAUUGUUACCUGGCAUUCGACAACAAAAAACCAUUGAUUUAUCAAAACGCUCACAAACUAGCUCAACUAUACCACCAGCUUCAAAUGGUGAAAGUCAACCGAUUACAUCUAAUAGCAAUGCACCUGCUAUAGACCCAUUAUCAAAUGGAGUAAAAGUUCCAACACUUACACCCGUAGUAUCCGAUGUUGAUUUAAGUUAUACACAAAAUAAAUUGAUUACAGCUGUACGAGCGAUGCAUGAAUAUUUAUUAAAACCAUCAGAUUUGGAAGCAUUGAAGCAAUAUAAAACACGUUCACCCUAUUCAGAUGUUGCUGAUACUUCACGAAUGCUUACAGUUUAUCGACGAGGUGAUGUUGAAAAACGAGCCUAUGAAGUUUGGGGUAGUCCAGAAAUGUUAUCGAAAGAAAAAGCAAAACGUGCUAAAAAUCGACAAGAUGAAUAUGAACCUGUCUUCAGUUUAAAAAAAUCUGUUAAAGAAUAUCAAAAACGUUUAUCAUUAUUAGAAAAUGCUUCAUUCGAUAAUCGAAAAUCAGUUAAAAAGAAUAUUCUUACAACUGGUAGUGGAAAAGUAGUUAUUGCAGCAGUAGUUAUUAAUGCAACAAAUGCAGUUGUGAAAACAAUUGGUUGGUUAUUUACUGGUUCAGCUUCAUUAUUUUCCGAAGCCGUGCAUUCCAUUGCUGAUACAUGCAAUCAACUGAUAUUAACUUUUGGUCUAUGGCAAUCAAUUAAAAAACCGAAUCCAGAACAUCCUUAUGGUUAUUCAAAUAUGACUUAUAUAUCAUCAUUAAUAAGUGGAGUAGGAAUAUUUUGUUUCGGUACUGGUUUAGCUUGGUAUCAUGGUGUAUUAGUAUUAUUACAUCCACAAGAAAUGCAAUCAGUGUUUUGGGGUAUAGCACUUUUAAGUGGUUCAUUGAUUUCUGAAGGAGCAACACUUUAUAUGGCUGUCAAUGAAAUUCGAGCAUCAGCAAAAGAGACUGGCAUGAGAUUUUGGGAAUACGUUGGUCAAGGAUAUAAACCAAAUGUGAAUGUUGUUUUACUGGAAGAUCUCGCAGCUGUUUUAGGAGUAUGUGUAGCUGCUUCAGCUAUGGGUCUUUCAGCUUAUCUUCAAUCACCUAUUCCAGAUGCCAUUGGAUCACUUGUAAUUGGUGGUAUUCUAGGUGCUGUUGCUUCAUUUAUAAUCUAUUCGAAUACUGCUGCACUUGUUGGACGAUCUAUCCAUCCGAAUCAAAUUGAAGCAAUCAAUAAUGACUUAGAAAAUGAUCGAAUGGUUCGUGCUCUGUAUGAUAUAAAAGCAACAGAUAUGGGUUCACAAUCAGUCAUGUUUAAAGCUGAAGUGGAUAUUGAUGGACGAGAAAUAACUCGAUCAUAUUUAGAACGAAUUGAUAUACAACUUAUUCUUGAAGAAAUUCAAAAAAUAGAUACAAUUCAGUCAGCUGAAACAUUUCUUCUUAAACAUGGAGAGAAUGUUGUCGAUAGAGUUGGAGCAGAAAUUGAUCGUAUCGAACGCAAUCUUCGAAAAAAACAUCCAUAUUUACGACAUGUCGAUUUAGAAGUUCUCUAA